AUGUGUCUGGAGAUCAUCUAUACGUAUCCGUCUUGUACGCAUAUCCUCAAGAUCAGAACGUAUACAUGCUACCAUGCGCGUACCAUCGGAGCACUCAACCAAACACCACCUCUUACUACAGCGCCAUCUCACACAUCACCUUCAGAUCGGUCUUCUUCUUUGACAACGAGUGGAUAUACGACAACAAGCACCAAAAACAAAGGGAAAGGAAAAGAGAAAGAGACUACACCAUCAACCCUCCACAUCGCAUCUUUCCUCCACCGCUCCGCCGUCACUGUCCCAUCAUCCUCAACCUCACCAUUGGCAAUCUCCAAAGACACAAGCACAUCAAAAGAAGAAGAUCGACCACUGACAAUCAAGAACCUCCUCUCCAAGAAACACGAAGACAAGGCCGCAGUGCAAGAACCAAACUACUUCUCCCCACAAUGCAGUGCAUACAGCGUGGUCCAACAAAAGGCUCUCACAGGCGAGAAACGCUGCGCGAAGUGCGAGAGAAGAAAGAGAGCUAUGGAGGAUGUUGAUGAGGAUGGGGAGAGAUCUGAGGGUUUUAUUAAGGUGAGUUUUAAGGGUAUUGGGAAGAGGAGGGAGAGUGUGAGAUUGGUUGAUGAGGCUUGUGAGGGGGAUGAUGAGGAGAUGGAGCGUCGUGGUCGUGGGGGAAGAAGUAGGAGUAAGAGUAAGAGGGCUGCGAGAGAUAUUGUUGAUGAGGUUGAGAGGGAUACUGAGGAGGUUAGGCGGUUGAGAGAGAGGGAGAGGAUGGAUGUGAUGAAGAAGGGGAAGGGUAGGGGUUGA